AAUGGACUUAUUUGCUUUAGAAAUUAGUAAGAAGAUAGCAGAAGUUUGCAGAAUGAAAUUACCAAGAAGUGAAUAUUAUCACGUAAAUGGAUUGCUCAAUAUACACGUUAAUGGUAGAAAUACUUCACUAGAAAUAGAUGACCAUAUUUUUUUUUCAUCGAAUUCAAAUAUCGAAUGUGAUUAUGAUGAUCAAUCAGAAAACCUUUCAUUGGAAAAAGAUAAAGAAAGCAAUAAUGAACGUGAUCAAGCAAAUAAUGUUCCUUUUGAAGAACAUUCUGAAAAAAUUGAAAAAAUAUCCAAUACCAAACGUAAAAGUUUAGGAAUAGAUGAUAAUGAGGAUAAAUCUGUAGAUGAAUUAUUCAAUUUUGCAACUUCAGCUCAUCAAAAAACUCUGAAUAAAAACAAGACGAAAGAAAAAUCCAGAAUAAAUCUGAAAAAGAGAAAACAAUCAGAUGCAAUAACUAUGGAUGGGCCUAUUGUAAAGAAUCUAAAACUCUCUGAGAAGGCCUCAAAUGGAUUACGUGUUAAAAAUAAGCUGAGAAUAAAGAAGGGCUUCGUCUUUUAUGGUUUUGCUAAAGGAAAAUUUAAAAGAGGAAAGUUUGCAAAACGAAGAAAGAGCUAUUUGCAUUCAAAUUUAUCGAAGGAAAUUCAAUCUCUAUGUUUAAGACGAUUUGAAAAUGAAAGCUAUGUCUUCGUUUGCGGUGAAUUAAAAGUGUUCCUAUCAGAUGGAAGUUAUAAUUCAUUUCAUAUAAACGAACAUAUUUUUAACGUAAAGCCUAUAGACUCUGAGUGUAAUGUGAAGGAUAUUAAUAUUGACAUAAGAUAUUCAUCUGAAGAUGAGCAAGUUAACAAAAUUUGCGAUAAAGUAGAAAAAGUGAAGUUAGACAGUAAAAUGAAUAUAUCCGUUGAAAGUGAUAAAAUAACAGAAAAGACUGAAAAGGAAAAUCCGAUAACUGAAGCAAAUACAGAUUUUAAUGACGGUAACAAAGAUGCAGCCAUUGUUCAUAAAACCAUAAAAAAAUCAUUCGCAAAAAAAAGGAGUAACAACGAUAUCAUUGAUGAAGAAAUUGAGGUUAAGAGGUGCAAAAAAAAUGCAAAUCCUAUUUUACACGAUCAUGCGAAGAACGAGGACGCUACACACUCGAAUAAUAUGAAUCAGAAUAAUAAAAAUGGAACGAUAGAGGACAUUAACACGAUCUAUAAAACAGAGGAGAGCCCAUACCAAGAGUCAAAACAUAGAAUAGCAGAUUGA